AUGUCUGCAAACCCGUCAAACGACAAUUGGCAGGACUAUGUUCGUACCGAUGAGUUCGACCAGCACUGUAUUACUGUGCAUAACCGUCGUUCGUCCAGCUGUGGAUCCAGCGACUCUUCUGCGCGCCGCAAGAUCUUCGAGGAGGAUGACGCCUCCAGCGCCACUUCUGUCGAGUCCGCACACGACGUGCCGAAGCUCGAGAAAUACUACUACUACUUCGAUAUCCGCAGCGACGGUUGCCUUGGCCCUCCGCUCAUCUACAGAACGUCGAAGGAUCAAUUUACGCCUCCCACCGGUCCCGAAAACGACCCUCGCCCCAUGAGGCUUCUCCAAGUCGACGACCACGCCAAACUGGGCAAGGACGAUCUGUGGCCCGCAGUUCGUGACAAGGUCGGCGUCUUCCUCCAUGAGCGACAGAUCUCUUUCACCUCCAUCGAUCUCGUCCGCUUUGGAUGGGACGGGCCUAUUGCGGAUGGCGCCGUAACCAAGGUGCUCAGUGCCGUCACUAUUUGGGUCGGCGUCCAGAAGAACACCACAACCAGCGACAUGGCGUACGAGUCCUCCCAAGACAUCCUCAGUCUCCUCAAGGAGCACGACAUCGACGACGUCGACGUCGCUUUCCGCGAGUCUGAGACUCAAUUCCUCGCUGGUCCCCGGCUGUUGGCUCCGGUCGACGAUGAAAGCAACCUCAAGAACGUCAUCCACUCGCUCACCACUGCUCUCGGCCUGCCCAUCGCUGGCGAGAAGACUCCGGAGUCGCAGGGGACAAUGGGCUUUUACUUCCGCCGAGGCAAUGAGCUUUACGGCGUAACGGCACGUCACGUGCUGUUUGAUUUGGAUCAUGCUAACAAAGAGUUCAACUAUCCGCCCUUGCCUAAGACGAAUGUGAUCCUGAUGGGUUCCAGGGCGUUCGUCGACUUCGUGGAAUCCAUCGAGGCGGAGAUCGGUAGUCUUACCAACCACGUCACUCACCAGAAGAGGCUGAUUGAUCUGUACACCGGUAAGCCGCAAAUGGCAGCUAAACUAGCGGCCGCCGAAGCCGAGGUGGAGACGGCAAACGCCAAGAUCCACGCCCUCAAGGACUUCCUCGUCAUGGUGCAGAGGGACUGGUCGGACCCGGAGAAACGGGUGAUUGGUCACGUUGUAUGGGCGCCGCCGAUCACUGGCAACACUCCUCCCUACGGCUACACGAAAGAUGUGUGCGUGAUCAAGCUCGAAAAGGUCAAGUUCUGGGACAACUUCGUCGGAAACGUCAUUGACUUGGCUUAUAAGAUCGACGUCGGCGAUUUUAUGAGCAUGAUGUACGGCCGAGUCGACAAGGACAACGAGAUCGACUUCGAAUACCCCUUGGACCGACACCUCUUCAAGCUCCAGGGCAUUCUCACCGCCGAGGAGAUCAAGAAGCCCACCACCAAGGACUUCGACGGCAUUUCCGUUCGAUUCGUCAUCAAGAACGGCUACAAGACGGCCACCACGAUUGGUCGUAUGAGUCGCUUCGAGUCCAAGACUCGCCUGUACGGCAUCACCGGUAUCUUCGAAUCCCUCGAGGCUACUGUCUUGCCAUACGGCAAGAACCAGUACUUUACCGCGUUCUCUAGGGGCGGGGACUCUGGAUCCAUCGUCGGCGAUCCCAAGCGCAAGUUCGUUUCCCUCCUCACCGGUGGCACUGGUCCUUCGGACUCGGUCGACAUCACCUACACCACCCCGAUGCACUGGCUAUGGGACGAGCUCAUCCUGGUCAAGUUCCCUGGCGCCAACCUCUACUUCGAUGAGAACUAG